AUGUCACAGAAUCUGACUGAAUACCUUUCGAGAAGGGCCAAUGGGAACGGAAAUGUCAAGUCAGAACAAAAAACACAAGUCAAAGAACAAGAAGGGAAUGAUGAUAAUGGGUCGUCUGUUGUACUUGAGAAGAAUAAUGGUAAUAAAAAUGGAUGGGAAAGUUUAGAAGUGUUGACUAAGAAUUUCCAUGAUACAAAAACGUUACCACCACCUUUAUCUCCAACCUUACCUAACGUUUAUGGAGGUGAUGAGCUGAAACUGGAAAUACCCAAAAUGUUAUCACCAACUUUACCAGACAUUUUCAAUGAGAAGAAAUCCAAUGGUUCUUCAAUCAAACAACCAGUACCGCAAAGACCAAGUGGAAAGAUACGUAUAGAGGAUGAUGAGGAUGAAGAUAGUGCAAGUAGUGAAGAAAUUAAUGAGAUUAAAGUUGAAGAAAAAAUACCCAACCCCCCAGUCAAGAGGAAAUCAUUUGAAAAGAUUGAGCAUUUUGGAGUUCAUUCGUACAAGCUCACUGAAACCACCAACUCAAAAUCAUUGUUAUUGACGUUACAUAUUCCAUCAUAUUAUAAGAACAAGAGACAGAAGGUUUCAAAGCCAAUAGGAUUGGGAAUUAAACGAGUUCCUGAAAAGUCCUCAAGUGUUGUUACAGAGAAGUCCAAUAAUGAUCAUCAACAAAAAGUCAAAAAGGCUAGUAUAUUUAAGACUUCAAGUAAAGACCCAUCACCUCCAACAAGUGCUAGUCAUAAAGAUUCAACUAAAGAUUCGAAAUUAGAUCAUACUAGUUUAAUGGCCAAGAAUGAAGAAUAUUUACUGAUUGCAAAAGAAAAGAAACAUAGAGGAGAUGAGCAAAGAACUAAAAAUUUAAAAUUUUCAUUAGCUUGUUUCUUGGAUUCUAUCAUUAUUUAUCUGGUUGGUUUUAAUUAUGAAGAUCAAUCGAGAAGGUUACUGAAGAAGUUGUAUAAUGAUAAGACAUGGUUAAGCCUUAUAUCAUUGAUUGAUCAUGCUUUGAAACUGAGUACUGAUAAUGGUAUUGUUGAUGUUGCUGGGUUAUGUUUACAGAUUAAAGCUGUUGUUUAUGAACAUGUUUGUAAAAUAUUGGAUGAAUUUAUACAACUGAACAAUGUUAAGAGAAGGAAGGCUAAAACUGAUGCAGAUAUAUUAAAGAUUGAUGAUAACUUGGUUAAUCAUUUUAAAAACUUUUCCAGAUAUAAAGAAUUAUCUAAAAGAUCAUUUAUACAAAGUGAAAGAUAUUUAUCAGUUUUCAAGAUUCAAAGAAAAUAUCCAUCAGUUUUUGAAUUUUUUGAAAAUCAACCUGAAAGAAAUAGACUGAUUAAAGAUGUUGAUUUUUUCCUUGAUCCUACUCGUGAUUCCAUACAAUUACCAAUCAAUACUGGUGUUUCAUUAAAGGAGAUUUGUGCUUAUAGUUUGAAGGUGAUUAAACAGUGGUGUCAAGAUGAACAAGUCAAGUACAAUGAUUGGACUUUUUAA